AUGGCGGCCGAGAAGAUUCUGUGUAUAGCAGAUCUUGAAGCAGCAGCUUCAAAGAUCCUCCCAGCUUCGACUCGAGAUUUCUUCAAUUCAGGCGCAACAAACCAAGUCACAGUUCGUGAAAACUCCACAGCGUACAACAAGUAUCGCAUCCUACCUCGUGUCCUGAAAGAUGUCUCCAAAGUUGACACCACGAUCAAUCUAUUUAACCGAGACAUAAAGUUUCCUUUAUGCGUCUCUCCUGCGGGUCUCCAAGGCAUGGCCCAUCCAGACGGGGAGCUAGCAACGAGCAGAGCAUGUGCCAGUAUGAGCAUCAACAUGGGUGUAUCAUCUUAUGCCAAUCACUCUGUCGAACAAAUCACCUCGGUCGGGACAGACGUCGGGCCUAUUCAUCAUGUCAUGCAAUUAUACUCCAUGACCGACCGCGAGAAAGAGGCGCGCAUCGUUCGCCGCGCAGAAGCCUCCGGUUGUAAAGCGAUUUUUCUUACUGCUGAUAGUCCCGUGCUAGGGGUUCGAUAUAACGAAUGGAGGAAUGGCUUUCAACCACCGCCGCGAUUGGGGUAUCCUAUGAUCGAGAAAACGUCUGAACAGAUUCAACGGGAAUCGCAUGAUGAUGGCUUCAGCUCUUUUAGCUCGGACUCACACUCUUGGGCAAAGGAGAUUCCUUGGCUUCGGAGUAUCACGAAGAUGGAGAUUUGGAUCAAAGGGGUCUUGACACCUGAAGACGUCGAGACUGCGAUUGAAUAUGGCUGCGACGGGGUGAUUAUCAGCAACCACGGGGGACGACAACUUGAUGAAACACCUGCAACUAUCGAUGCUCUUCCCGCGUGUGCAAAGGCUGCCAGAGGCCGAAUCAAAAUUCAUAUCGAUGGAGGUAUCAGGUCUGGCACUGAUAUCUUCAAAGCGUUGGCGUUGGGAGCGGAAUGCUGCUGGGUCGGUCGACCUACGCUUUGGGGCUUAGCAUACAAUGGCCAGAAAGGCGUUGAGUUGAUGCUUGAAAUCCUCUAUAACGAAUUCAAACGAUGCAUGCAGUUGGCGGGAUGCAAGUCGGUAUCUGAGAUUAGCUCCUCGAGUCUUGGAAUUGUUCGAUCAGACGGGCCACUUGCACGACUUUGA